GCCGCCGGCAGCCGCCACGACAUUAACGCACCGGCCGCCGAACCGUGUGCCCGUGACACGCGCGCGCUCCGAUCGAAAGUUUUCCGCGUCGCUCGCCAUAAACGCGUGCAGUUGUAGUAGUGCGUGAUCGUUGAUCUCCAUAUACCUACAAACUGGUGGUUCAAAUAGUAAACCUACUCUCGUACGUACGUCGUGAAUAAAUUUUAUAUUAAAACCGUAGAUGUAUGACGAUCGUCUUGGCUACAAAUCGGGGAGGAAAAAAAUUAACGAAAUAAAAGAAAAAAUGACGCUGAGCUGGAAGAUUGGACGCGUUAUUUUUCCAACAAUAUACAAUGUCACGUAACCAUGAAGCUUUUACCGUUUGUGAUCCAUGUACUGCUGAUACUGAUAUUCAUAACCGUAAAUAAUUAUGGCAAUUGUAGACCACAGACAGGACAGCCAAGUCAACCACAAGCCGGAUCGCCUCUGGACUCAAAUAUUGGCAACAACAAUAACAACAUCAACAACAAUAACAAUAACAGCGCCAUAUCACGACGGGGUUGGCGGGGUGAAUGGCGGCGAACAGAUCCGGGCACGGUAUACAGUUCCAUUUGGAAGAGCAGUGAUCAGCCACUCGGCAAAGCCGAACUGUACAUAAUACUGGCUCUGUUGAUCGGCAUGGCCACUGUCAUAGUCGGCUGUUGGCUGUCGGACAAUUGCUGGUCACCCGAACCGGAACAACAUUACACGAUAGCCUGGCACGACCGGCACCGAUGGAUAUAAGAUCAUCAGUGGCUGUUAUUCUGGAUGGCGCAUAGUAAAUUCAACAAUUAUGAUACGUUUUGAUUUACAUUUAACCUCGCAUUUUCGUAUAAUACUAUACAUAUUAUUUAAAAUCAUCGACCGAAGAAACUAUUAAAUCGUAAAUCAAUGUAGAACGAACGAACAACAAUAAUAUUAAUAUAAUGAUAUUAAUAAUAAUAAUUAUCGGUCGGAAAUGAUGGGUAAUUAAUUAAUAAUAUGGAAAUUUGUGCUAUGGGAUCGUAACGGUUUCAAACAGAAAUUUAUCGAUAUUCGUGACAAAAAAAGACAGUGAUUUUUGUUUUGUCGCGACUGUCGUAAUAAAUUAUGUUUUCAGUCCAACCAAUCGCUGUUACGCAUGUUUAUCAUGUUCAUGUGCAUACAAUUAAAAUAACAUAGUUUUCCAUUUUUAAUUUUCAAUUAAUUUUAUUAAAAAUAAUACUAUACAGUCAUAAUUUAUAAUAAUUCACAUCAUUGGCGAAAUGUCAAUUAAAAUUGGUCUUAGAUUCUAUAAAUAUUUUUGAAAUAAAAACGUUUAAAUUGAUUAAUUUGAUUAUUCCUCCAAUUACGAUCGUCCAACGACAUGAAUUAAGUUACUGUACUUAAACAUAUAAAGUUCAGUGUUAUUUCGUUUUUAUAAUAUCAUGCAACGGUGUUGAUGACAUUAUAAAUCUGAACAUUUUUUUUUAACUUGUACAUAAAAUGUAUCCUAUUAUCCAAUAAUGAAAUCCUUUUUUUUUUAAAUUGUUGUAUAUAAAGUGACCCGUUGAAAUUCAACCUUACGUAUCGUUAUGAACUUAUAUAUUAUAUCAUAAUAAUAUAUAACCUUAUAAAUUCAUGCAUUUGACCGUUUGGACAUGCAUUUUUCCUUCUAGUUGUCAAUUAUUUACACGAUAUACCCAUACAUGUAUAUAUAUAUAUAUAUACAUAUAUACUCUAUAAUCGUGUAUACAUUUUUGUUUUAAGCCUUUUAUUAACUGUCAAUUACUUACAAAACGAAAGGCAUUAGAUUUAAUUUUAAUAGAAUAGGGAAAAUAUAUUGUUAUUACUGAAUACGAUUGUAAAACAUUAAUAUCAUAUUAUUAUAUAGUAUUUCAUGAAAAUAUAUUAUCAUGAAGGUUUUGAAUAUAGAGUAUCUAUUAUUAUUUACUUCGAUCGACUUUUGUUUUUAAAUACAAUGAAAUAUGUACACCAAAAAAAAAAAAAAAAACAGAAAUAAUAUUAUAUAUUCCCAUAUCAUUGUUCAUAAAAUAAUAUUUACAACCCAUUGUUUAUAAUUAUGCAUAAUAUAAUGUAUGUGUUAAUAAUUUAUGUCAAUAUAUGUUAUGAUGAAACGUUAAUAAAAUAUAAAUAUGCUUACUUUAAGUUGUGCCCAAAUUAAGUUGUAAAUCUAUUCUAAACAAUAGAAUAUUCACAAUAAAUAUCAGGUUACUGUAAAUGAAAAAAAAAACAAUAUUGUUUCAAUGUGUGCGUAUAAAAUAUAUAUUUUUUGUAAUGUAGAAAUACAAGUUCCUGACUCCUUUUAAUGGUAAAAAUUGAUAUGAUUUAUAGCUAAUAUUAUUAUUGUUUGUAUUCUAGAUUAAUUUUUAUAAUAUUUACUACAUAUUAAUUAUCAUAGAAGUUAUGCAAAAAUAACAUAAUUCAUGGUCCAAACUUAGUUUAGGACAGUUUUUAAUAUAACCUAAAAACAAACAUUAUUAUCGUGCAUAAUAAUAUUUAAUGUAAUCGAAAUAUAUAUUAUAUUAAACAAUUAAGUUAAACUUGUGUAUGAAUAUAAAAAAUAAACGUUUAAUAAUAUAGCCAAGAA